UAAAUGGAAUCAUAAACAAUAUUUCAAUUCCAUGUGAUAUGUGAUAAAAUUCCUAAAUAAGCCUAAAACGCGUUUUGUAUAAGUAGGCUUUGGCAACUCUGCCUUUUCUUAAAUGAAAUUCGUAGAAAUUUGCUUUUAUUUAUUAACGAGAAACUUGAAUUAAAAUUUGAAUACUAUCUCGUUAAAACGCUAAUAUGGCCUGGGCUCCAUCGACAAACUUUGAGGACGAUUUGGUCGACUUAGAUCCAAAUUGCAAUUUUAUAUAUGGACAGCUAGCAUACGAAGCAAAGCGGAAGCAGGAGUAUACUCCACGUCCAAAAUCGACUUACGAGUAUCUCGCGAAUCGGCAAAAGCGCAACGAGGAGAUAGAAAAAUCGCACAGCUCAAAAUCGAAGGAAAUUUGCGCCAGUCUGGCCAUGAUGGAGCGUAUACAGCAGAUAGCUGGAACCAAGCCGUUAGGUGAACACGCGACCAUGUCAGAUUGGGACGACACAAGCACCGUGGAAAAGGAGGCGGUUGCAAUGAUGCGACAUUUUGGCAUGAUGUCCAUGACUGAUGGCUCGCUGGCGCCUCCAAAAACUGAAUCUUUGCCACACAGCAACAUUCACGUGAUUCGAAAUGGUCGUCGAAGUUUCCCAUUAAUCCUGGAUCCGCAGUAUUUUGAGCCGGGCAAGACACGCAAGAUGAGUAACUCAAGCUAUAGCUCGGCAACAAGCGGCGGAACUAACAACCCUCGAGCAUCCGAGUCUGGUAGCAGUGCAAGCAUUUAUACCACUGCCAACUCGGAUAUUGAGGAAACGGACAGCAGCCAAGACGACCAAGGCUUCGACGAGAUUCCCUAUACAUUACUCGAAGAAACCUUGGAACCAAAACUGAACACUCCUAAGCCGUAUAAAACCAAAAAGACUAGAGGAAGUCGUCCGUCGCAGAGUCAGCGACAUCAGAUGGCAACAACGAAGAGCCGACCUUGUCUAUAAGGCGAUAUAAGGAGGACCCAUUAUCAAGUGAUAUAAUCUACAAUACAUAUCGGGUAUUACAGCAUGGAAAGAGAACAUGAAGCCUUAAAUGAAACCUAAAGUAAUGUGAUUUAUAAACUUAAUAUAGAAUAGCUAUAAAUGGGGUCUUAAAUUUCUUUUCGCCUCUUAAGGCAAUUAAAUAGUAGAUAUUAAUAAAACUGGCGAAAUUGAAAAACUUGUGUUUUAACAAGUUGAAGCCAUUAAAUGAUAGAAAAAGUAAAUUAACUUAAAAAGUCCAAAAAUGCUCAUUAAAAUUUGAUAAGAGCAAAGGAUUUGCGUGUCUUGUCGAGUUAAGGGUAUAUCGAACUUUUCUUCUUUUUUUUUUUUAUUAUGUUUAACCUUUUAUUUUGCUAACCUUUCGUAUGAAAGUUCCUUUCGUUCGUUAAUUGCUCGUGCUGAAAUUGUUAAUUGCUUUUGGUUGUGGAACUGAUCACAAAUAUUUUCAAGUUUUUAAAUGAUGUGGUCAAUCAAUAUUAUGUCAAGCUUUGAAAAGAAGUAAAUAAUUUUAUGUAAGACAAAGCUAAAUUUAAUAAAAUCUUUUAAGACCAUUCCCACAAGCCAAAUUCUCAGUGCCUCAGUCGACAUAUAUAUAUGUAUAUAUGAUUAAACAUAUCUUCUCAUCGAAACAAAUUAAGCAUUUGAAAUUUGCUGAUUACAGGAAUUAACAGCCAUAUUCGGCAGGUCGAUGACAAAAUACCCUUUUCUCUAUGGCGCUUAUAUUUAAAUAAAAAUAUGUAUAAAAAUGUCAUAAAAUCUGUAAUUCGCAAAAUGUUUCCAUAAAAUGUAUAUAUUCCAUCGUAUCUCAAAGAAUUUAUGAGAACAGUUAAUCGCAAACUGUUUUGUUUGUAAGGACAUUUAGGCCAAAAUAAGAGGCUAUAUAAUGCUCCUUCUAUAUAAGCUAAAUCUUAUCUGUAGGGGGAAUCGAUAAAAGAUUAAUGACACUACUUUCUCUUUGCUAUUGUACAAAAAAUCCAUUUUCAAUUGUCGCUAUAAAAGCUGUAUAAUACAGUAUUCUGAUCAUGA